AUGCUCCUCCUCUCCUCCAUUCUCGCGCUAUUGUGCAUUUCGGCGGCUCGAGCCGACUGUCCGGCGGCGCUGAAGACGUUGUUGAACGCGAAUCUGGAGUCGAACCAGGUGAACGGAUGCGGCUCCGAUUGGCAGUACUCUGCGCGUCCGUCCGGCGGAUGGUGCUACAAGGUUCGUCGUGCGAGCAGGUUCCCGCAUCAAGUAUCAUCGUGUUGUUCAGGUCUUCCUGGGAAGUUUGAGCCAGGCUGAUUCGGCGGCGCAGUGCGUGGCUCAGGGAGCCGUGCUCUCCGGACUUCAGGACACCACCGAACUCGCUUUCAUUCAGGGUACGGAGCCUUAGUCUAGAUCUGUCUCAAACUGACCAUUUGCAGCGGCGACACUGGCCCAAAUCACGCAGGCGAGUGGAUCCGUGUGGCUCGGACUGAAAAGGACGGCGGCGUGCAGCGGUAUCGGAAAGAGCACCGCGUGCACCGGCACAACCUCGUUCGCAUGGACCGACGGAUCCGCGACCGGCACCGCCGGAUUCGUGUUCCAGGACGGACAGCCGGAUAACUCGGGGUACUGGCAGAGCGUUGAAAAUUUUGCAAUGUUGAACGGUGUCUAGCAGGAAUCAUUAUUAUGAUAGUUUACAGCCAUGAUGUAUUAACUCACUAGCUAACUGAGUACCUGAGCGAGUGCAUGGUUACUGUAGGAUACGGUUAGGAUUGUCUGUGAUGAUUCGAAUGAUGAUUACUUUCUGACUAACAAAAUGGCUUGAUUAUUUCAGAAAAAAGCAAGAUUGCGCCAUUCUGCUCGUCGCCAACACCACGACCAUCACCGCCGAAUCCACGUAUUACAGCGGUCAGCUGGACGAUGUUCAGUACGUGUCCAACUAAAUCUACAAUAUUCAAACGUACAUUUGUGUGUUGCAGAUGCACUCAAACCUUCGCCGGAUUGCGUAUGAUUCGUGCAUACGUCUGCGGAAAGAAGGCCACGCAAUAA